AUGACAAAUCCAAUUACCCUCACAUUUCUGGUUCGGGGGAUUUCGGGUUCUCAGCCUACUCAAAACCGUUUGUCUUCAAGAAUUGAGACUCUUAUUCAAUCGCUCAUGAGCUUCUGCCGGAUCGACUGGAUUCCAUUUUCAUCGGUGGCAUUGGAAUAUUUAGGUCUGAUCAGUUGGGUUCGGGCUUUGUUCCAGGCGGUUAAGACUGUUGGAAUCCGCGGCUUUGAAUGGUGAUUAUAUACGACGAUCACCGGAAUGUUGAGA